UCAGAAGCAAGCUGUCGUCCAAAACAUUAAAAAUGAUUUCCAACAAGCCAAGGCAGUUAUUUUUUACAACUUUCACCAGGCUGAAAAUCGGGAACUUUUUCGUCUAAAAAAAGAAUUGAAAAAAGAAGACGAAUAUAAGCCAUUAAGUAUUCUCAAUAAAUUUAACAAAAAAUAUUCCGGUAUCAAACGAUUUCAAGGUGGAAUUUAUGAGCAAAAAUUAGUAGCAAAUACCCUGCUGGAAAAAUGA